AUGGGCAUGGGCGAUAGGCCCGACGAUGCGUACAGCUAUCCUUUGAUAGCACGCUUUUUACAUUCUUUGCCCCACGUCAACGUCACCUUCCAAUAUGUUAACAGCUCGUUCGAGCCGAACAAUCCUGUAUACUUAGAGAGUCUUGGAAUAUUGGGCUCCAUCCCGGCGAUAUGGCUCAUUCUGACCCUGUUCCUUCUACUCAUUUACCUUUUGACGAGAUGCUGUGAUCGAAAACCAAGAGCCUCAAAAUCUAUAGCUGCUCUGAAAGUCACUUUAGCUGUCGUAUCGGUUCUAUGCUGUGCUGGCAUAGGUUUAGGAUUGUACGGCAACGAUGACUUGCACAACGGAGUUACGCAAACCCUCACAGAGGGCGAGCAAGUGGAUAUCCUCAUAUCCAAAAUCCGUAACCAAACGGAAGACAUAGAAAAACAAUUGAGGAUUCAAGCUGAACGACAAAUAAAAGAAAUUGCAAAUGUGUUUCAAGUGCAUCAUAAAGAUAAAACGUUAAUGAACGAGGUUGAAGGAUAUUUUACGAAACUCAUUGGUAACAGAAACGCUACUGCCAAUGCAGCCCGUGACAUCCGUCAGCCGUUAGUAGGCGUCAAUCUGUCAUCUAGCAUAUCGCUGGGAGAAAAAAUAGAAGGUGUACGAUGGCCAUUUACCAUGGCCGCACUGAGCGUUUUGCUCAUUUUGUGUGUGAUCCUCCUGGUAGGUGUCGCAAGACACAACCGGUGUGCCCUUAUUGCAUUCUCGGUUUGUGGACUAUUGGCGGUCAUAGCGUCUUACGUUAUGGCCAGCAUUUAUUUAGCCUCCAGUGUAGCCCUGAGCGAUCUGUGCAUGGCGCCCGACAAAUUCAUUGAAGACCAGGCCAGUACUGAACUAUCUAAGGAAAUUCUUAGGUAUUACACCAACUGCGAAAGAGCUAGAGCCAACCCAUUUACGCAGCGGCUGCGAGAAGCUAAAACCAUGAUAGAAAACAUGCGUUCCAACCUCACUGCUAUGACCAAACCAGCCGAGAAACUAUAUCCCAACAAAGGAUUAGAUACCAAAUUCGGUUCUCUGAGAAACGAUAUCAACACCGCCGACAACUACAUUCACUCAUUGACUGCGCUGGUAGAUUGCCGUAACCUACACUUGCACUAUUUAAGAGGCGCUAGGGCGCUGUGUUCGGUUGGAUUAAAUGGCUUGACUCUCAUGUUGAUAUCUUCGGUACUAGCUGGCUUUUUGCUUACCGUUUUGGUUUGGGUCGAUUCUCACACUUGGAUUUAUAUUAGAAAGAAGAAAGACUACCAGCAAGUGACGGAGCACGAUUCGUACCUACCACCACCGCAAGCGAGUCAGGCGAUAGCAGCGCGCACUCUUCAACGCAGCCAAGGGUCGUCUUAUCCCCCUGAUACACCCCCGCCUAGUUACACAUCCGCUUUGAUGCAUAAUCGAACGUUGCAUGCCAAUGCCACCGCUCCCCCAUCAGAGCAUGAAGCCGAAUUUCUAUUAGAUGGGUGCGACAUGCGACCAGCCGAACACUACCGCAACAGCGCCCAUAUGUCACAUCUCCGGGGACACACGCUGGGCCGAUUGCCCUCCCACCAUCACGAACCCGCACUGCCGGGUCCCAAUAAUGGAAAGUACGCGACUUUGAGCAAACAGUGCAAGACGCUAGAGAGUUCAGACUUCUACUGA